CAAGACCUCGUAUAUUGUGUUCUGAACAGCAAGGUGCAUCUGCUUCCAGCAGUGAAGUUGCUUUGACAGUCACUUCUUGUGCAAGCAGUAGUGGUAACAAAGCUAGUAGCAGUAGAGGAUCAAAUAGAAGCAAAGUUAAAACUUCCGGUGUAGUUGAACAGCCAGCAAGUCAAAGUUCAGUUAGACCCUCUCGUGUGAAUCCUGUUGCUUCUUCAGUUCCUCAACAACAAAGACAAUUGGAGCCGGACAUACAGGAUAUUGAUACAGCUCCAAGUCACCCAAGUUUAGCAUCUUUAGAAGCGUUUUUGGCUGCCCCAGGUGGUUUCCCGCCACUGAUGGAUUUACCACCAGAUGCAGAUGAUGAAGCCAUGGUUGAGUUAGCAAUUGCUUUAAGUUUGCAAGAUCAUGAAGGUGGACUACAUGCUUUACAACAAGGACUGGCCAAUCUUCAGAACCUGGGCGCUAAUCUACAUAAUAUACAACAAGUGCUAUCUGCUGCAAAUAUUGCGGCUGCUGGUCAUGGUGGUCAUUACAGUGAUACAACUGCUUCUGCAGGAGGCUCGGACGAUGAAGGUUCCACUGCAGCAACAGAUGGCUCUACUUUAAGAACAUCAAUUGCAGAUCAGGGUGGAAGUAAUGGAUCAGAAUCAGGAGGGUCGGGUGCCGAAAGUACUGGCGGUGUUUCUGGACGGAGUAGCUCUUAUGGAGAUACCUUAAUUGGUCCACCAGUUGUAACUAAUGCAUUAUCAGGAAUCAGCAGUACUUCACCGCCCAGGCAAGCCGAUUCAACACCAGCUACAUCUAGUGCAAGCAAUAUACCACCGGUACAGCAACAAUCAUCAUUGACUUCCAUUGAACCUGAAUCCUCUGAUGCAGAGUUGGGGGAAGCUAGUGGAGAACAACUUGCGAUCGAAAUGCCUUUGUCUGCCAAGCACCAAUUGGACUUGGAAAAUGAAGCAUUAGAUAAGGAAACUAAUUUGAAAAUGCAUCAACUUAGAGUUCAAGUCUUAAGUAAUAUGGUUGAUAAUAUGGGUCAAUUAAAAUCAGUUUCUGGAGUUCAAUCUAUUCCAUUUAUGCAGGUAAUAUUGAUGCUAACGACUGAUUUAAAUGGCUCUUCUGAAAAUGAUCGCCAAGUAUUGCAUAAACUUCUAUCAGCUUUAGUACAGGAACUAGGAUUUGCACCAAGGUUUUCGGAAGAUGGAUCAUCGGAAGUAAAUGAAUCUACACAAAAAAGGAUCGUUGAUCUUGAUGAUGUUUAUGUUAGAACACAUUCACGUGAAGUGAAUUUAGUAAUAGUUCGUUUAUUAAGUGUUUUGAUGUCUCGUUCGAAACAACAAUCCAGUAAAUCUCAAGCACACGAGGGAUUAGUAUUUGUAUCUAGGAUGGCAGCUAAUUUACUUCAUAAAAGUGGUGUUGUCGAGUAUUGCCACAAUUUGUUGACGAAGUUAUUAGAGUAUUGGAGUGCACCAACUGUUUUAGAAGAAGCGUCUUCUGGAGGAGUAAGUUGUACACUACUUAAAGAACAUCUACCUAACACAUUACCUGAUAUGCAACCAUUUUUCUUAAGACAAUAUGUGAAAGGUCAUUGUACAGAUGUAUUUGAAGAAUAUCCACAGUUGCUGACCGAAAUGGCUGUGAGGUUACCAUAUCAGAUACAAAAACACACGGAAGGUGGACAAUCUCUGGGAAAGCAUUGGUUGGAUACACUUUGUGAAUACAUGAUGAACCCGAAUACAUCAUUCGCUAAAAGACAAGUUCGAAAAAUGUUACUCUUCUUAUGUGGACAUAAAGGAAAAUAUAGGCAACUGCGAGAUGUUCACUCUUUACAUACACAUUUUAAGGCAAUUAGGUCUUUUUGUGAUGAUCCUACCUCCUUGCCAUAUGACUACCUUGUUGAUUUGGUGGAGCAUUUGAAAGCAUGUUUGGAAGUUGCUUCUGUAAGAACUGGAAAUUGGCAGAAAUAUUGCAUAGCUAAUGAUGGUGUAGUACCAUUUCUUAUGCAAGCUAGCUGUCUGCUAGAUGAAGGUGUAUCCUCAAUUAUCUUGCAACUUCUUCAGUCUGCUAUCUGCAACAAUAAUAAAUUGUCAACAUCUGAUACGAACAAAACAGUACCAACAAUUUCUAAUCGCAAAGAGCGCGAUAAAUCUGAAGAAUCUGACAGUACUGAUUCUAAAUUCGAAGAUUCUCAAUGUGCUGUUCUUGUGAAUCAGAUUAAUGCACAAGUCAGUACAGAAGUAUUGCGUAAAUUUAUAAAAACAUUUUUGUUAGAGACAAACUCAACAAAUGUUAGGUGGCAGGCACAUGCACUUUUAUUAUCUAUGUAUAUUAAUUCUAGUCCAUCUCAGAAAGAGGCUUUACUUGAAUUACUUUGGAAUUUGUUACAGUUUCUUCCAGCUUAUGGCAGAAGAACUGCACAAUUUGUAGAUCUCUUAGGCUAUUUUUCAUUAAAGACCAAAGAUAUAGAGAGUAAGAUGAGUACAUACAUGGAACAAGCAGUGCUAGUUCUCCAAGCGCAAAAUCAAUUGCUAUCUCAACAUAGUAAUGCUCAAUUAUAUAGCGGUUUAUCUCAAUAUGUUGAAUUAGAAGGAUAUUACUUAGAAUCUGAACCAUGUCUUGUAUGCAACAAUCCUGAAAUUCCUUUCAGCACUAUUAAAUUGAGCUCUAUAAAAGUUGAUUCCAAGUUUACCACAACAACAACUAUAGUAAAAUUGGUUAACAGUCAUACAAUAAGUAAAAUAACAUUGAGAAUAGCAGAUUUGAAAAGAAACAAAAUGGUUAGAGUUAUAAACAUUUAUUAUAAUGACCGAACUGUCCAAGCUGUUGUGGAAUUAAAAAAUAAACCAGCCCUUUGGCAUAAAGCUAAAAAGGUAACAUUAUCAUCUGGUCAAACUGAUGUAAAAAUAGAUUUUCCCCUUCCCAUAACUGCUUGCAAUUUGAUGAUCGAGUAUGCAGAUUUUUAUGAGACUGUUCAGGGUACAAGUGAAUCUUUGCAAUGCCCUAGAUGUAGUGCAGCUGUUCCUGCUCAUCCAGGUGUAUGUGGAAAUUGUGGGGAAAAUGUUUUCCAAUGCCACAAAUGCCGUGCUAUAAAUUAUGAUGAGAAGGAUCCAUUUUUAUGCCAUGCUUGCGGUUUUUGCAAAUAUGCCAAAUUUGACUAUUCUCUAUUUGCUCGACCUUGUUGUGCUGUAGACACAAUUGAAAAUGAUGAUGAUCGCCGAAAAACUGUUCAAAACAUCAAUAACUUGCUAGAGAAAGCUGACAGAGUGUAUCAACAACUCAUCAAUAAUAAACCAGUAUUAGAGCUUUUAGUAAAGAAAGUAUCUGAGCAUCGUUCUGAUUUUAAUGUUGAUGAUACAAUGGGUGGUUUUGUCGUAAAUUCAACAUCUCAAGUCAAUAAAGUUGUGCAACUUAUAGCCCAAAAAUACUGUGUUGAAAGUAAAAACUUUUUUGAAGAUUUGAGUAAAAUAUUACAAAAAGUGGAAGCUAGCAGAAAAGAGCUAAUAGCAUAUGAUAAAAAGCAGAUGGACUUUGUAGUAGUAAUGAACUCAGACAUGUGUAAAAGUGCAACUACUAAAAAUAGAUGCUAUGGAUGUGCUUUGGCAGCUACAGAACAUUGUUUAACUUUAUUACGUGUGAUGGCAACAUUUGCACCUUGUAGGUGGUAUUUAAUACAUAAACAAGGGGUUCUGCAAGAAUUAGUAAAUCAUAAUUUACGUGGUGGUACACACCAGAUUCAAGAAGAAGUUCGUCAAUUAUUGUGCCUUUUAACAAAAGACUGUACUCAAGAUACUGAAUUACUUUGCACUCUUCUAGUCGAUAGAAUAACUUUAGCAUUGAAAGCUCAAGUUACUUUUUGUGAUUUUUAUCCGGGGGUUCGUCAUGAAAUGGCAUUAUUAGCUGAAUUGGUAGCUCAAGAAGACAACUGCUGGGAAAUGAAAUUGAGAACUGUGAUGAAAUUAUUUAUUUUGGGAUGCAAUGAAACUCGUAGCCCAGCAGUAAUGGAAGCAAUCGUUUUGCCUUGUCUAAGAAUAUUACAGUCUGUGGUGUCACCAGCUCAACCUACUAGUCAACUGAAUAAGAAUAAAAGCAGCUUGUCCAGCAUCUGCCCACCUGAGGGAAUCACAAUCAACUUAGACAAGUGGUUAAAUAGUGACAACAAUGAAUCAUUCUUAAGCUGGAAGCAGAAAAUGCCUAAAAGAUCACAAGUGGAAACUGCAAGUGAUAAACAAAAUCUUAAUGAAACAUCUGUAACCGAUACCAAAGAUCAAGAUGAUGUUCCAGUUGAUAAAAAUGCUUUAAAAAAGCAAACAAAAGAGAGAUACCUUUUGGAAAAAUAUGCUUAUAGAUGGAGACAUAAGAUUCAAAGAAUGCAUGGAUUAAGAGCACUUAAUUUAGAUGGAACUUGGUUGAAGCAAGUGUUGUUUAGUCCACGCUCUCGUUUGGCAAGGCAGGUUGCCUGUACAAUUGUUCAAUCGUUAAGUCAAACACAUGAGAGACAUAGAGAAAUGUUAUGUCUUCUAACAGGCUAUCUUCAGGAAAUUGGAAGAUCCGGUAAAAGCAGUGAUGAAUUUUUAGCAUUAUACAAGUCAUUAAUGGAUGAGGCACCGUGGAAACAAUUUCUUGCUUUAAAAGGUGUAUUAAUGCAUUUGGCUGAUUUAUUAACAAAAGAAAUACAAGAUAUACACCAUCUUGAGGAAACAACUUUAACUGCAGAUAUUGCACAAGGUUACGCUUUGAAACAAAUCACCGAGUUAUUAUCAUCUUUUCUUGAGGAUACUUCUAUACGACAAGCUUAUAAAGGUAGGCUUGUCGGAGCAGUUUUAGGUGGAUAUCUUUCAUUAAGUUUAGUAGUACAAAGAACCAGGUUGAUUGAUGAUACCCAAGAACAAUUAUUAGAGAUGUUAGAAGAAAUGACCACUGGAACCGAAGCUGAAACAAAAUCCUUUAUGUCUGUGUGCAUGGAAACAGUAAAUAAAUAUCCAUUGAUGGAUGUUCGAACUCCUGUAUUUAUAUUUGAAAGACUUUGCUCAAUUAUUUAUCCAGAAGAAAAUGAUAUUGGGGAAUUUUUCUUAUCUCUUGAGAAGGAUCCUCAACAAGAAGACUUUUUACAGGGUCGCAUGUUGGGUAAUCCAUAUUCCAGUAAUGAACCUGGUCUUGGACCAUUAAUGAGAGAUGUUAAAAAUAAAAUUUGUCAAGAUUGUGAAUUAGUAGCAUUAUUAGAAGAUGACAAUGGUAUGGAAUUACUGGUCAACAACAAAAUCAUGAGUUUGGAUCUUCCAGUGAAAGAAGUUUAUAAAAAG